AUGAUCACCGGCUAUCCAUCACUAGAGCUCAAUACAGAUGUCGACGCGGUCUACGCUGAGAGAUUCCUCCCAAGGAUGUUUGAGCAAGUCCAGCAUACUUGGCUCAAGCAGCUUGAUAUGAACAUCGCAGAAAUUCCGCUCGAGGAAAGAGUAAUUGUUGCUUACGGCAAGGAACCAUCGAGCUGGGUCGACGGAGGUGUCGGCGGCUGGGAUGUGUGGCCUGCAACACCUCAAGGACGAAAGUUUACCGCCAAAGCGCAGGGAUCAGAGGAACUGGCGGUGGAAGAUAAAGACUGGGUGCAAGUUGCCGGCUGGAAUGGCCAAAUUGAUGAUGGAACAGUCCCGAAAGGGGGCGAGAAACUUUUUCUUAGGAAGAUUAUGAGUCGAUAA